CAGCGGCUGGUGGGAACCUGAUGUGGCAGAGGGGCCGCUGCUGCCAACAGGGAGCGGAGGGCCCUCGAGCCGAGUGCUGGAGACACUGCCGCCAUCCUGUUUGCCUGUCCAGCAGCCCACUUGACACGCUCCUCUCCUAAGGAUCCUCCCUCCCAGCUCUAGCAAGCACCUGGCUCGUCGUCUGCUGGUCCUCCUUUGACACAGGCUCACCGCGGAGGCAGCAGCGAGGCAUGAAGACCCCGCUCGGAAAAGCAGCUGCAGGGCAGCGGUCCAGGACAGGCGCAGGACAUGCCAGUGUGUCUGUGACCGUGAUGAAGAGAAAGGCUGCACACAAGAAGCAUAGGAGCAGACCCACCUCCCAGCAUCGGAGGAACAUCGUAGGCUGCAGAAUUCGGCACGGAUGGAAAGACGGAGAUGAACCUCUAACACAGUGGAAGGGAACCGUUCUGGAUCAGGUACCUGUAAAUCCCUCUCUGUAUCUUAUCAAAUAUGAUGGAUUUGACUGUGUUUAUGGAUUGGAACUUCACAGAGAUGAAAGAGUGUCAUCACUUGAAAUCCUUCCUAAUAGAGUUGCAUCAUCUAGAAUCAGUGAUACACACUUAACAGAAAUUAUGAUUGGCAAAGCAGUGGAACAUAUUUUUGAGACAGAGGAAGGUUCCAAAAAUGAAUGGAGGGGGAUGGUCUUAGCUCAGGCACCUGUCAUGAACACAUGGUUUUACAUUACCUAUGAGAAAGAUCCUGUAUUAUAUAUGUACCAGCUCUUAGAUGAUUAUAAAGACGGUGACCUACACAUCCUUCCAGAUUCCAAUGAUUCUCCUCUCGCAGAGAGGGAGCCAGGAGAAGUCAUAGACAGCCUAGUAGGCAAACAGGUGGAAUAUGCCAAGGAGGAUGGCUCCAAGAGAACUGGCAUGGUCAUUCAUCAGGUGGAAGCAAAACCCUCUGUGUACUUCAUCAAAUUUGAUGAUGAUUUCCAUAUCUAUGUCUAUGAUUUGGUAAAAACAUCUUAGAGGUCAUUUUGAAAUUUGCCAAAUAUGUGAGACUGUUUGUAAAAUCUGAACACACAAAAAGUCUUGAUUGCUUUACAGUUUGUAAGAACCAUCUUCUCCCAAUUUUUCACACUUUUGCCUGGCAAAAAAUUGGAACUUCCACCCUCUCAGACAUUUUUUGAAGAAACCUUUUGCCUUUAUCUCCAACCUUUUUACUGGUUCCUCCCCACAGAAGAAUGAUUGACUUAUCUAAUUAGUGAGAAGGGUAAAGUCUGACAUCCAUUGCCCCAUAUUUUUAUCUUGGGUGGUGUUAAUAGGCUAAAGGUAGCUGAACACCUCUUGCUUCAUUCUUUUGGGCAUUUGGACAAUCUGCACUCACUGAAGUGUGAAGCUUCCUGAGAUAUUAAAUAUGGCUGGCUGGGUA